UCUGCAGUGCAGAUGAUUGAAAGGCUUCAGUUUUGGCGGGUGUUUUCCCACAGUCUGUCCCGCGGAACCGGAAGCAGCGCUGUGUGCACAGCAGCUUCUACAUCAACAUUUAACCACCAGACUCCUGCAAGAGUUUCUUUCACCUGUGAGAGCUUCAGGAUCGCCGCGAUACUCGAUUAGUUCCUCAGUCUUCAUUAUCACCAUGCCAGCCGCACUUGCAGAUACCAGUCAGAUUAUCUGCGAGGUCUGGGCCAGCAAUGUGGAGGAGGAGAUGAGGAAGAUACGACAGAUUAUUCAAAACUACAACUGCAUCGCCAUGGACACUGAGUUUCCUGGAGUGGUGGUCCGUCCCAUUGGAGAGUUUCGCAGUACUGUUGAUUAUCAAUACCAGCUCCUGCGUUGCAACGUGGACCUUUUAAAAAUCAUCCAGCUUGGCUUGACGUUCAUGAAUGAAGAUGGAGACUACCCACCAGGAACCACAACGUGGCAGUUCAACUUCAAAUUCAAUCUGACAGAGGACAUGUACUCGCAGGACUCUAUAGAUCUCCUGCAGAACUCUGGGCUGCAGUUUAAGAAGCAUGAGGAGGAGGGCAUCGACACACUCUACUUUGCAGAACUCCUGAUGACAUCAGGCCUAGUGCUUUGUGAAAAUGUCAAGUGGCUCUCUUUUCACAGUGGCUAUGAUUUUGGCUACCUGGUGAAGCUGCUCACAGAUUCUCGCCUGCCAGAAGAGGAACACGAGUUCUUUCAGAUUUUAAACCUCUUCUUCCCUGCCAUCUACGAUGUCAAGUAUCUUAUGAAGAGCUGCAAAAACCUCAAGGGGGGACUCCAGGAAGUGGCAGACCAGCUGGAACUGAAGAGGAUCGGCAGGCAGCAUCAAGCCGGCUCAGACUCACUGCUCACUGGAAUGGCUUUCUUCCGCAUGAAAGAGCUGUUUUUUGAAGACAACAUUGACGAUGCCAAGUAUUGUGGGCGGCUCUACGGUCUGGGAUCAGGUUCCACUCAAAGUCAGAAUGGAAUCUCCAGCUCCUCGCAGGAGGAAGCCAACAACAAGCACUGACCAAAUGAGCUAGUGACAAUGACUAAGUGGAUGAUGCACUUGUUUUAAUCCCACCCAUCAGAUAUUCUUUUUCCUAUUCCUUACAAAGAUGAUUUCAAAUGAUUCAUGCAUUCUAAUGACACAUUGGGAAAUGCCUACAAGCUAUAUCUUGGAUUCUGUUCUAUUCGGUAGUCCACCACACUGCAACGUUCCAGGACUGCAGAGAUGUUCCUGUUACUCAUCCGCUGCUUUUGAAAAUAUUUUAUCUUUUUGUUUUACAGUAUUAAAACGCAAUGUUUUAAGCAUGGGACCAGCGCUUGUUUAUCUUACUGCUAAUUGGCAUUUUAAUAUGCUCACCAGCAGUCAGCAGAAUCCUUUUUAGAAAUGUUUUUAUAUUUUCUAGAAAGGCUCAAGAUUUAAUUGUCUAUACAAUGAUACAAAAUGCCCAUUCAAUGCUGGAACACUGUAUAAUUGUAGGGAUUGCAUUUUAAAAUAUGCUGGCAAGUGUGUAUAUGAAAAUAUAAACUUUCAAAAAACAUAUUUUAGCAUUUUUUUCUUAUAAGGGUUGUUUUAAAUUCAGUUUUUGGGGAAUUUUUGGGAACAAGAGCAAACUGGUCCUAUGUUUUAAAAAUGUUCAUCAUGAAAUCUUGACUAAUGUUUGUGGUGUGUAUUGUUUUUAUUGCAUUGUUGUUCAAAGCUGGUGUGUAUUAAAAUGUUUUUUAUUGCUGA